AUGUCAGAACCAGAUGUUAAACCUCAAUUAUCAGAGGAGGAGAAGAGAAGAAUACUUCGAGAAAGAAGACAAAAUAAAAUGGCAAAGGGCAAUGCUACAUCAAGAUUAAAUGAUAUAUUGACUCAAGGGACUUCAGUAAAAGCAUCAUCAGUUAAAUCAGUAUUAGAUAAACCACAACCAACAGAAACUACUCAACCAACAGCCAAAUCUACAGCUAUAGUAUCUCACGAUGAUGAUCCAGAUAUUCAAGAUAUUUCUGAUGUUGCUACUCCUUACAAACCAAUAGCAGAACAAAAUCCAGAUUUUGAUGAUAUGUUUCAAAAAAUUUUACAACAACAACAUCAUCAUGGAGAUGCUGGUUCGGGACAUAACCCCAUGGAUGAUUUAUUCAAGAUGUUUGGAGAUGCUGGAAACAAUACAUCUAAUGAAAAUUUCGAUUUCCCACAACUGGCAAAUCCUGAACAAAUUAAAUAUCAACAAGAUUUAAACAACUACUAUGCGUAUCAACAAAACUUAUGGAAAUUUAGAUUUUUAAUUGUUAGAAUUAUAGCAACUAUUGCAAAUUUCGCAUAUCAUUAUAUAAACAUUCCAUCAUUUGUUUCAUCAAAUCAUGCAUAUGUACGUGAUCUUGAAGUGAUAUAUCCAUUAAAGGGAUUCAUAACUUGGUUUUUUUCAAUAGAGAUUUUAAUUAUUGCAAGUUAUUAUACUAUAUUUGAAUCAUUAGGAUUAUUUCAUGCUUCAAAUCAAAAAAAUUUUAUAUUACAAGGUAUAAGUAUGGUAUCUAUGUUUGUCCCCAAUUUACAAGUUUAUAAACCAUUAAUUGCUCGUUUAUUAGGAUACAAAGAGUUGUUGGGUAUAUUUUUUGGAGAUUUAUCCUUGGUUAUUGUGUUGUUUGGAUUACUUAGUUUUCAAAAUUAA